AUGGCAUCCACCGUAGUGGGCAAAUCCGGCCGCGUGUACGUUCAGGGCGAGGCGCUGCAGCGUCAUUGCGAGGACCAUAAGCUCAGCGUCUUCAAAGCCGAGUCCGAGAACGAGUCUUUUGUCUUUAAGCGCGUACCAAGGCCGUUCUACGAUCUCUCCCUACGCCUCGCAGCCGAGUUUGCAGGCUCCCGUCGGCUUCGAAUGCAUAUCGAUUGCAACCAAGAGGAAGGCAUUUUAGUCUAUCCCUAUUUCAGAGGCACCCUUCUUGCCUUGGUUCAGGAAGAUUCGGACUUGCCUCUGGCGCAACGAAAGAAAAUCUUGCGAUCGGUACACACUCCGCAAUCCAGAGAUUAUUACCAUUCUAGACCUCUAACUAAUCAAUCGAUCUUGGCAGAUGUAAAGCCUGAUAAUAUUUUGGUCAAUUGGACUUGUGACAAAGAGGGUAACAAAAUAGUCACCGAUGUGGCCCUGGGCGAUUUUGAUAUCGCUUUCAAGUCGGAAGGUGGAGAGCCGCGUCAGACCCCUUAUGCUAUAGGGAAUGCCAUGUGGCGAAGCCCAGAAGGACAGACCGGAAGGGGCGUGACAAAGGCGUCAGACGUGUUCUCGUUUGGACUAGUGUGCAUAUAUACUCUGGGGGGCGGCGAUUUCCUGCUCUUAAACGAUUACCAAGAGCUAGCAAGGAGCGGUAUAAGACCGGAACAAGAGAUCCUGAUUCGACACUUUUCCUAUUUUGGGCCAGCACCCGAAGGGCUCCUCAAGCAAAUCAACAGCGACGAUUGGUGUAACGCUCUGAAGGGAGCGUCAGAAGUAGCUGAGGAGGCCGUUAAGGAACAGCCUGAACUAAGGUUCGAGCGGUGGGGGAAGGAGCUUGGUCCUAACGCACAAAACAUGAUAUCUGGAAUGACAAAUCCAGACCCGACGGCUAGAACAACGAUAGGCCAAGUCUUGACGCAUCGAUGGUGGCAGGAGGCUGCUUGA